UGCUCAUAUCGGUAACUGAACGAAUUGUGGAUUUAGAACUGCAUCGGAGUCCAGUUCGGAUAGCAAUAGCAUAGCCACGCUUAUCUUCAAUUAUUUAUUUAACGGCGAUUCCGUUGGCAGUUGGCGCCAUUUUUCGUCCAAAAAAACACACAACACAGCAGCGCGGCGGAGCACAGUUAGGCUAAUCAUGCUCCUCACACCACACGAUUGCUUCUCCACGCGCCUUCGUCUUCAUAUUCACAAUCACAAACCCAGUCGACCAUUCCCAGGCAACUUACUCACCAGAACUCGAGCGACCCGGCUCUGUAAGGCGAGCCUUAUCACCAGCUCUGACUCCUUCGAGGUGGGCCGGCUCAUCGGGAGCUAUGGCUUCAUGAAUGUAACAAGCUACUCAGGGUUUCCAUCUGGUGUGGAUACUGAAUACUCAUCUGGAGGUAUGGGGCAAUUGAGGGUUCAAGAUGUGGGAGAAGGCAGUGUAAAGAUCAGGCUUUACGAAGGGAGAGUCUCUCAAGGUCCCUAUAGAGGAAUCCCAGUUAUAUUUAAGGUAUAUCCUGGACAACGAGCUGGUGGAAUUGAGGCUGACAUGAUGGCCGCGAAUGAGCUAAAUGCUCACAUAUUUCUUCAAAGUAGUCCCAAGGAAUUAUGUCAGAAUAUUUUGAUACUCUUAGGUGGUUUUGAGACAACAACUGGAGAGCAGUGGCUUGCUUUUCGUAAUGAUGGGAAAUAUAGUGCAGCAGACUAUACCAAAUAUGCAAGUGAAAGAGUGUUAAGCAAAGCUGCUUGGGAAUCAACAUCUUGGAAUCGUUUCGAAGAAGAGGAAAAAAUCAAACGCAGAAGGAAUUUUGUAAUCAAGCUGUUUCAAGGAGCUAUGAAAGGCCUUGCUUAUAUGCACGAUCAUGAUAGAUUGCACCAGAGUCUUGGACCGUCUUCUAUUUCUCUAAACACGAUCGCAGAAAGAGAAGCUGUUUACUUGAUCCCUCGACUUAGAGAUCUAGCCUUUUCUGUUGAUGUUAGGUAUUCAUAUCUCGAAGAGGGUACUGGAUCAUCCCUCUCAGAAGGACUAUGGAGACGAGCAUCUGCUGCUGGUGCCUUCACACCUAUGGAUAAAAGAGCAUUCGGGAUAGCAGAUGACAUAUAUGAAGCAGGUCUUCUCUUUGCAUACUUAGCUUUCCUUCCAUUUUGUGAACCUGGCAUAAUGGAUAGUCUCUCUUUGCAGAGGCUUAUAGAGAACACUUUCCAACUUGAUAUUGAAGCAAUCCGAGAAUACUGUUUAGCGGAUGAUCGAUUAUUAGAAGCUGUGAAGUUUCUGGAUCUUGGAGAUGGUGCUGGUUGGGAGUUACUCCAGGAUAUGUUGAAUCCUGAUUUUCGAAGACGACCAAUUGCAGAAGCUGUUCUGAAUCAUCGAUUUAUGAGCGUAAAAUUUCGUUGAUUGUUAUUAGAAGUCAAAUCAUGUUCAUAAAAUAUCUUUUAUCAUUAAAGUACUCCCAAUAUGGCUUAUGUAAAAAUAGUCUCAAAACACAAUGAAGUAACUAAUAUACACACAUGAUUUAUAAUAGGUUAAUAUUUUGUGCUA